AGUGGCUUUCGCUCUGGUCCGCACCUUUCCGGUAUCACACAGCAGCAGCUCCUCCACAGACAGCGAGCACCGGAGGGAGGCAACCCGACCGACCGAGCGCCUACAGCCAACACACACGGCCCGGGACCGGCUCGGAGACAAGGCACCGAGAGAAGAAAGUCGGGUGAAUCAAUGACCUUUUUCAGCGCUUUUUCCCCUGGAUGUCUGGCCACGGAAACGGACCGGAGAGGAUUCAUUCUGCGCUGUUUUUAGCCAAGAUUUCACACGGAUCUGAAAUCGUGCGCCUGGGAAGUGGCUUUACGGGCAAGUGUGGUGUGGACAGCCGGCUGCCAAGGAGGAAGUGAAAACCCGGGCUUCUACAGGGCCUAAUUCAUUAUAGAAGGCUUUUUCUGAACACUUUUUUGAGGAAAAUUCGACUAAGAGAAGAUUUUAACUAAAAGGAAGGACUUAAAAUCUAUUUUGGUGGAAGGUUUUUUGCCCGCUGCUGCCUUGUAACUGGGUGAAGUAAUUCUUUUCCAUUAAAAAAAUAACUGAAAUAUUACAGAAGUGUUUAUCUACACUUAAAAUGACCAAAAGUUUCAAUAGAAAGCUUUGAAAAUUGCGAUACCAUACUCCUUUUGAACAAUCAACACCGCUAAUUUUGAGAGACUGCUACUUUUUGCUUAAUGCUGCUGGUCUGAAACAGGGUAAAUAAUUAUUUCUCAUUCAAAAUAUACACAUUCAAACAUCCCUGCUUAAAGUUACUAUAGUUUUUCAAUACAGUGCUAUAUAUAUUGCAAUUUCCAUAAGUCACUAGCUCAAUAUUGACAGUUCAAAACCACAGUUGCUACCCUAUCACGUGGUGCACCCUCUCAGCUGAAUAGAAACCAUUUUAUCUUUCACUAGAGAAGUUUGAAUUUCACUUUUAACGGACUAAGUAUUUAUGAACUGCAUUCAAGAUGGGGAAAAUGCUAUCAAAGAUUUUCGGCAACAAAGAAAUGAGGAUACUGAUGCUCGGACUUGACGCAGCCGGUAAAACAACUAUUCUGUACAAGCUCAAACUUGGACAGUCAGUUACUACAAUACCAACAGUUGGAUUCAACGUGGAAACCGUCACCUAUAAGAAUGUUAAGUUCAAUGUUUGGGAUGUAGGCGGUCAAGACAAGAUCAGACCCCUAUGGAGACAUUACUACACUGGUACGCAAGGUUUGAUUUUUGUCGUGGAUUGCGCCGACAGAGAUCGAAUCGACGAAGCAAGGCAAGAGUUACACCGAAUCAUCAACGAUCGUGAGAUGAGGGAUGCGAUUAUCCUGAUUUUUGCCAACAAGCAGGACCUACCAGACGCAAUGAAACCGCACGAGAUCCAAGAAAAGCUCGGUCUGACCAGAAUCCGAGACAGGAAUUGGUACGUUCAGCCCUCCUGCGCCACCACCGGGGAUGGACUAUGUGAGGGACUCACCUGGCUUACCUCAAACUACAAAUCUUAAUGUUUUUUGUUGUCUUUUUCACUCUCAAAAAGGAAUUUCUACAUGAGUCAAAGUUGCAAGUGGUUUUGACUUGUUAAGAUAUAUUUGCGUAUUACAUGGUUACAGAUGAUAUCACAAUAUUUUACAGUCUGAUCUUAUACAGUGUAAUGUAAUUACACUAUAAUUAAUUUCAGUGUAAUUAAAUAAAUAAGCAGAUUUCCUGGAAGGUAGCUGUAAUGAAUCUGUUUAUUUCUAUGUAAUUAAUCAGGUUCAACAUUUUGUGGAUUUUUCUUUUAUUAUUACCUAUUUAAGAAAAAAAAAAAAAAAUGUGAUUGGUAGGCUACAGUAAUACUGGCCUUACCCAAAUCUGAAAGAGGGAAGUCACGUUACCAGAUUCAUAACAGUGGAAUUUAAAACUUUCUUACGUCACUGGUCAAAAAUUUCCUUUAAAAAUAGAAACCAGAGAUCAUUUCAAACAUGAUUUUAAUACUUACAGAAACGUUGAAUAGUUUUAAUACCACAGUGAAAAAUACAAGUGUAAUAAUAAGGUACAUUGUUUUGAAAAUGUGAACAUUUUAGUAAAUUUUUUACUUUUUUUUUCUUCCCAGUACACCGAUAAAUAUCAAUAUGACCAUGAACGACUCCAACCUUGCCCAGAUCAGUUUUUUGUUGCUCUUUAUUUUGUUUGUUUGUUUUGUUUUGUUUUUUUUGUAAACCUUAGUUAAAAUAAUGAUAUGCUUUGCAAAUAUAUCUAAACUAGUCAAAAUUACUUUAUAGCUUUGUCUCUUGUAGUUACUCCUUUUUGCAGUUUCUUACUCACUCACCAGCCUGGAUAUUAGAAUAUGUGGACACUUGGCACAACAAAAGUAGUUGAGAAAGGAAAACCAUGCAAUCUGAAGCAAUUUAUAAGCCUCUCUAGUGAAAAUGCAAGAGAGUAGCAUUUGAAUUUAUUUUUCUUUUAUAAUGUUGAUUCCCUAUAAUCUGUAAUUUCAAAUAUUUUUUUUCGCAGACUUUCUAUUAUAUAUUUGCUUUGUACAUUUGAAUCAAUAUACUUCAAAAGCACAUUCUGUUCUUCUAUUUUGUAUCAUUCGUUUUGGGGGGCAUGAUCUAAACUAACAGGCAGUUUUCAUGUAUACUUUUCUAUCUUUUUUGCAGUAUUUUGCUACAUAUCCAAAGGACAAACUCAUCAUCAGCAUAUUAUUCUAUAGUGGCUUUGACUGCCUCUGUUAUUUGUACGAAUGUGGACCACAAAAAAACACCUGAAUAUCUGAUUGUAUUUCGUGACGGAGAAUUUGUUAGUAUUGAUCAAACUUUCUGGGACAUUUGUGUGACUGGAUGCACUGUGAAAAUGGACAAAAAUAGGGUCUUGAGUAGAGGUUGGUGAUAUAUAUAUAUUGAUACUUUGCAUUGAUAUCUGGGAGGGGGUUCUGCAUGUAUGUCUAUGGCAGAAUGUUCAGCAGGUACCAUGGUGACACAAUGCUGACACUGGCGAAAGUCUGAAAACAUGAAAAAUACUCAUGAAAAAUACAAAGUGGAUGCAAACAACACAUUUUCAGGAGCCUGUGAUCAGUAUAAGCGUUUGUGGUCACAUUUAGGUGUUGGGUAAGGCCAGCUAUCUUGUGACAUAAUGUUAUUUGAGAGCGACUUGUUUUAACAGCACAAAUCGGCUCACCUGUUCCAACUAACUCAGUUCUUUAUGGUCAGAUUGUAUUAAAACAAAGGUCAGGUUAAAGGCUUACUUGAGUAACAGAGCUGCAGACAGAGCAGUGUCUAUAGUUGGCAUCACACCCCAGGAAACGUUGAUUACAUCAGCUGCAAAGUAUCAAUUGAAAAAAAAAAUUUGUUGCUUGAACAAUAUGCAAAACUGGAAUGUCAAGUGUGUCAAUAAUUUUAUAUACACGGGAAAUCUACAAAAUUAAAUUGUGUAAUCUUCAGAUAAGGGUAUAAAGUUAUAUUUAGGCUUUUUCUGAUUGCAUAAACCAAUGUUAUUUUGUAUUUGUCCACCUCAAGUUUGAAGCUGUUACCAUCACCACCGCAAAAACAGAAAAUAUUUGUUAAAAUGACUUAAAUUUUGUAUAUUAAAGUAACUCAAUGUGUCCAAAAAAAUAAGUUAAACCACAAAAAAGUACACCAAACUAAAUAUAUUGAGUCAAAAUUGCUUAAAAAAAAAGACAGUUUGUAUUUAUUAAGUCAUUUUAACUCAAAUGUUCUUGUUUUGCUGUGGUAUUUACUGUCCAAGAGCUUCCAUAUAUUACUGUUGAGUAUUUCCCAUUUGAGCUGCCUUAUGGGGGGAGAGAAUUGUCCCUCGAAACUAAAGGUAUUGGAAUCUGUGUACAAUAGAAGAGGGGGAGGCGGAGGAAGAGGAGGGGAGCGCUCUGGUCCAGUUCUUGUUUGUUUUUCAGUGACUUUUGGACCCUGGUGAAUGUUUACAUACCCCCAAAAACACACAAACUUUAAAAGGUGCUCCUCUUAAUCUCAUCAUCAGCCUGUUCACUUUUAAACCAAACCAGCUUGUUUCCUUUUUCAUAGUUGUCUUCACUUUAUUUUGCUAUUUACUGUUGAAAUAAUAAAACGAUAUAUCCAGAUCA